CUUGAGCCCAUGUCAUCUCGAGGGAUAGACUGUUUUAGUUUAUGCUGGUUUGCUGUCUAAUUCAAACAACAUGGAAGAUCCACCGAGUGUUGAGUUGGAUGCUGCGAAGUUUUUACACAAGCUUAUUCAGGAUUCGACCGACGAGCCUACAAAAUUGGCCACUAAACUUUAUGUGAUUUUGCAACAUAUGAGAUCAAGUGGGAAGGAAAAUUCAGUGCCCUACGAAGUAAUAUCUGGGGCCAUGGAGACAGUUGUCAAACAAAACAAUCUUGAUAUUGAAGCUUUAAUGACAUCACGGCUUCCUACAAAUGAUGGAAAUGAAGUAGGAGACUCCUUGUCAUCACAAGUCGCUGGCUCUGGUUCUUCACAAAGGGCUGAGAUAACCAGGGACUCCAAAGCAGCUUUGUCGGGGACCGAGAUAGGUAAACUGGAUGCAUUUGUUUCAAGCAGGCCACCUAGCGGUCAAAUUAGUAAUGUGCAUGGUAUUUAUCAAGGAUCAUCAUCAAAUAUAAAUGCUGCGAAUAUUCAUGGAGCGGUGCCAACUGCAUCUAAUGCAUCUCAGCCUCUAGAAUCAGGAAUUUCAAGCCCAAUGCAAUUCGGGAGUCCAUAUAAUAAUCAUGAUUUGAUGGCAAAGAUGCAUCAGGACAGGAGCUCUGAAUCUUUUCCUGCUUCUCCUUCUGCUGGUAAACGCACACCCGCAAGGCCAUUAGAGCAUGAAGUGGGAGCUAGCAUAUUGGCAAAUGUGAACAACACAAAUCAGGGAGGAAUGCAGAGCAAUGCUUUUGAAACCAGUAUGCUCAGAAGUGCAUCUAUCAAAGACACAGGAAAGUUGCCGGUUUCUCAGACUCCUGCUUCUGCAAAUCCGUUUAAGGAGCAUCAUUUAAAACAGCUUAGGGCACAGUGUCUUGUCUUUUUGGCUUUUAGAAAUGGUAUGAUGCCAAAGAAAGUUCAUCUUGAAUUUGCACUAGGAAAUGCCAUUUCUAAAGAAGAUGGGACUCAAAGGGACCUGAUUGACCAAAAGGGGAGGGAAUACGCUGUCAGGGAACACAGCAAUGCUCCAGAAGCAUCUAGGCCUUUUUUGACUGGCAGAGAGGUUGAGAGACCAGCUUCAGGCCCAUCAUCAUUGAUAAUUUCUAGUGAUGCAAACUUGUCAAAAGAAGUUGAGAAUCAACAUGUGAUAGAUGAUAGAGGUCGCCAGCUUUCUGUUUCAUCUGAACAUGGAGAAGAUAGGAGGUAUCUGAAAAAGAUGAGAAAUCUUCCAGAGGGCGAAGCAACAAUGCAGGAAGGAACUGGAUCACAGGCAUCUAGAUCAUUGGCGUCUGAAUCAAAUUCUUUUGGUGCAGCUGUUCAUGAAGAUUCUUCUGCAAGUGUUCACCAACUCGGGAUGUCUAACCAAGUGUUGUGUGUUCAGAAUGCAAGUAAGCUAAUAAAGCCUGAAUUGAAUAGUUGGACAGGACCAACAUGCCAAACUGAGAUUUCUAGUGCACCAGCAAAUGCCCUUGUUCCUCAAGAGUCAGGAUCACUAAUUAAUGAUGCCUCAAAUCAAUCUCACAUGUCUAUCGAUUACAGUGCCCAUGGAACUCGUCAAGCUGACAAUUCUUUGCCUAAUUUGUCUGCAAAACAACAGUGGAAAUCUGUUUCAAUAGUUGAUAGUCUGUACCCUAAUACCACUGUGAAGAAUGUAGUGCCAGCACAUGAAAUGGACGAGGAGGAUGAAGAUAUGUUACCCGCAGACAGAUCCCCUUCUCCAAGGUAUACAACAUUAGAGAAGUGGAUCCUGGAUUGGAAAAAAAGGAGACUCGUUUGUGAGAAAAAAUGGGCAGAGAAGCAUAAGAAGACAGAAGAAAGAAUUUCUGCUUGUUCUGAAAAGUUGAAGGAAAGUGUGAGCUCGUCAGACAUCUCCAUGAAAACAAAAAGUGUGAUUGAAUUAAAAAAACUUCAAUUGCUUGAGUUACAACGCCGCCUGCGGGGUGAAAUUUUGAAUGACUUUUUCAAACCAAUAACUGCUGACAUGGAGCGCAUAAAGUCAAUUAAGAAAACUAGAAUAGGAAGAAGGUCUAAACAACUUGAAAGGUAUGAGCAGAAAAUGAAGGAAGAGCGUCAAAAGCGAAUACGUGAGAGGCAAAAGGAAUUUUUCAGUGAGGUUGAAGCUCACAGGGAAAGACUGGAUGAUGUAUUCAAAGUGAAGAAAGAACGCUGGAGGGGAUUCAAUAGAUAUGUCAAAGAGUUUCACAAAAGAAAGGAACGGAUACACCGUGAGAAGAUUGAUAGGAUCCAACGUGAGAAGAUAAAUCUAUUAAAAAUCAAUGAUGUUGAAGGGUACCUUCGAAUGGUCCAGGAUGCAAAAUCAGAUCGUGUCAAACAAUUAUUGAAGGAGACUGAAAAAUAUCUACAAAAGCUUGGAUCAAAACUGAAGGAGGCCAAGGGCACUGCUAGGAGAUUUGACACUGAAAUGGGUGAGAAUCGGAACACCGGGGUGGAGGAGGAGGAUGAAAUUGCUUUCGAUGAAGCAGAUGAAACAGACCAGGCUAAGCAUUAUUUGGAAAGCAAUGAGAAAUACUAUAUGAUGGCACACAGUGUUAAAGAGAUCAUCACAGAUCAGCCAGCUUCUCUUGUGAGAGGAAAAUUAAGAGAGUACCAAAUGAAUGGGUUGCGAUGGUUAGUUUCACUUUAUAACAACCAUCUCAAUGGGAUUUUAGCUGAUGAAAUGGGCCUAGGCAAAACAGUCCAGGUUAUUUCUUUAAUCUGUUACUUGAUGGAGACAAAAAAUGAUCGUGGUCCCUUUUUGGUGGUUGUGCCAUCCUCUGUCCUACCUGGUUGGGAAUCAGAAAUGAACUUUUGGGCACCCAGCAUCAAUAAAAUAGUGUACUCGGGACCACCUGAAGAGAGGAGAAGGCUUUUUAAGGAGAGAAUUGUCCAUCAGAAGUUUAAUGUUCUGUUGACAACAUAUGAGUAUUUAAUGAAUAAGCAUGACAGACCGAAGCUAAGUAAAAUACAUUGGCAUUACAUUAUAAUUGAUGAAGGACAUCGCAUAAAAAAUGCUUCGUGCAAGUUAAAUGCUGAAUUGAAGCUCUAUCGUAGUAAUCACAGAUUGCUGUUAACAGGAACACCUUUACAGAACAAUCUUGAGGAACUAUGGGCACUUCUCAAUUUUCUCUUGCCAAAUAUAUUUAACUCAUCAGAAGAUUUCUCUCAGUGGUUUAACAAACCAUUUGAGAGCAAUGGUGACAACUCUCCUGAUGAAGCUUUACUCUCUGAGGAAGAGAACCUUUUAAUUAUAAACCGUCUUCACCAAGUUCUGCGUCCAUUUGUGCUCCGAAGAUUGAAACACAAGGUUGAGAAUCAAUUGCCUGAGAAGAUUGAAAGACUUGUAAGGUGUGAAGCUUCGGCAUAUCAAAAGUUGUUGAUGAGGAGGGUAGAAGAUAAUCUUGGUGCAAUUGGAUCUUCAAAGGCUCGAUCCAUUCACAAUUCGGUGAUGGAGCUCCGUAACAUAUGCAAUCAUCCAUAUCUUAGUCAGAUUCAUGUAGAGGAGGUUCACGAGUUCAUUCCUAAACAUUACUUGCCAUUUGUGGUAAGACUUUGUGGGAAGCUUGAGGUCCUUGAUAGAUUAUUGCCGAAGUUAAAGGCCACAGAUCAUCGGGUCCUGCUGUUCUCAACAAUGACUCGACUUCUUGAUGUGAUGGAGGAGUAUCUUUACGGGAAAGAGUACAAGUAUCUUCGCUUGGAUGGACAUACAUCUGGGGGUGAGCGAGGAGCCCUUAUAGAAAAGUUCAAUGACCCAAAUUCUCCAUAUUUUAUAUUUUUGCUAAGUAUCCGGGCUGGAGGUGUUGGGGUGAAUCUUCAGGCUGCCGAUACAGUGAUAAUCUUUGACACUGAUUGGAAUCCACAGGUUGAUUUGCAAGCGCAGGCAAGGGCCCACAGAAUAGGGCAAAAGAAGGAUGUUCUUGUUCUUCGAUUAGAAACGGUGCAAUCUGUGGAGGAACAGGUAAGAGCUGCUGCGGAGCACAAACUUGGGGUGGCUAAUCAGAGCAUUACUGCAGGGUUUUUCGACAAUAACACGAGUGCGGAGGAUCGAAGAGAAUACUUGGAGUCCCUUCUGCGAGAAAGCAAGAAAGAGGAAGCUGCACCUGUGCUAGAUGAUGAUGCUCUUAAUGAUCUUAUUGCACGCAGUGAGGCAGAGAUUGAUGUAUUUGAAUCAGUAGACAGAAGGAGACGAGAAGAAGAGAUGGUAGCUUGGAAGAAAGUCUGUUCAGAAAAGGGAGUAGAAUAUUCUGAGUCUAUUCCCCCUUUGCCUUCUCGACUUGUAACGGAGGAAGAGUUAUACCCAUUUUAUGAGGCAAUGAAAAUAUCCCAGGCUCCUCCAUCCGUAAUACCUAGCACUGCUGGGGUUAAGCGCAAGAGUCAAUAUCUUGGAGGUCUUGACACCCAACAUUAUGGACGGGGUAAAAGAGCUAGAGAGGUGCGCUCCUAUGAAGAGCAAUGGACAGAGGAGGAAUUUGAAAAGAUGUGUCUUGCUGAAUCACCUGAAUCCUCUGCUGUGAAAGAUGAAAUAUCAGAGAAGAAACUGUUCACAAGUAGUGGUCCUGGUCGAGCUAUUGCUGAAGAGCAAGGUCUAACACCACUCCAGCCUUCACAGCAAACUCCAAUUCCUAUUGCUCAACACAACACAUUAAUCCAUCCUUCACAGCUAACUUCAGUGCCUAUUGCUCAGCACAGCACAUCGCUAACUCCUGUGCCUAUUGCUCAGCACAGCACAUCGCUAACUCCUGUGCCUAUUGCUCAGCACAGCACAUCGCUAACUCCUGUGCCUAUUGCUCAGCACAGCACAUCGCUAACUCCUGUGCCUAUUGCUCAGCACAGCACAUCGCUAACUCCUGUGCCUAUUGCUCAGCACAGCACAUCGCUAACUCCUGUGCCUACUGCUCAACACAGCACAUCGCUAACUCCUGUGCCUACUGCUCAACACAGCACAUCACUAACUCCUGUGCCUACUGCUCAACACAGUAUAUUGCUCCAACCUUCACUACAAACUCCAGUGCCUAUGGCUAAACACAACAUAUUGACCCAGUCUUCACAACGAACUCCAGUGCCUAUUGCUCAAAACAGCAGACCUCUCCAGGCUCCACAACUGACUCCAGUGCCUAUUGCUCAACACAAUUCAUUGAUCCAGACUUCGCAACAAACUCCAAUGCCUGUUCCUCAACCCAACACAUUGCUCCAGCCUCUGCAACAAAGUCCAGUGCCUAUUAAUCAACCCAACACAUUGGUCCAGGUUUCAAAUCAAACUCCAGUGCCUAUUGCACAACACAACACAUUGCCCCAGCAUUUACAACAGCUUCCAGCACCUAUUCCUCAAUACAGCACAUCAUUCCAGGCUUCACAACAAACUCCAGUGCCUAUUGCAAACCCAGUUCCUACUAAAAGGGGACGUGGGAGACCAAAAAAGGCAGUAUCAGUGGCUAAUGUUUCUCCAUCACCAAUCACAUCUCAUGGAGUUAAAGGAGAUGCAUUGAUUAUGGGGUCCCAUAUACAGAACAUUUCUAGCUGUUCCGUGAGUCUUCCCAAUCGUCCCGAGUCUAUACCUUGUUUUUCCAAUGUUGAAGGUGUGAUUGGAACCAUCCAGCAGAUUCCUGCAAGCAUUUUGCCUAAUCCUCAGUCAAUUUCUCCCUCAGCUGUUCCUGCUUCAUCUCAGUCAGCUCCCCUCGGUCAUCCUACUUCAGGUCGAGGGAGGGGACGUGGUCAAGGGAGAGGAAGAAAGUCACAAAUGGGAGAAGCACCAAGGCAGCGGGGGAAAAAGCAGAAAACAGUAAUACAAGGUGUUUCUGUCUGUCCAGGCAAUCCUGAGAGUGUACCACAGGCAACAACUGUUUCUAGUUUAUCAACAACUAAUGAUCAAGAUCUUUUCCCCCGUUAUAUCCCUGAGAAGGAAACUACCAGUGGACUAAGCUCCGCUCCACCUGCUGUGUCUGCAUCUGCUAGCAAGGAACCAACUAUUGUUUCAGCUCUUCCUGUUGCGACAUCUACAACAACCAAAGAGUCGAUCUCUGUUUUACCUGCUCCUCUUGCAUUAUCUUCUACUGGAAAGGAUGAAAGCGCUGUAUCACCUGCUGUUUUUUCAUCUUCUGGAAGUAAAGUGUCAAGUUUAAAUUCAAUUGUUCCUGCUAUUUUGUUGUCCCCUGCAGAAAGCUAUAUUAAAACAGGUCAAGAGAGAGCACCAAUUCUUUCCUGUCCCCCGGUUCCUGACUGUGCCUCUUUAGAUAAUAAGUCUUCCAACAUUGGGAAUGUUGGUGAGCAAGAUUGUGGCAAUCAGCUAGCUCUUACUUCUGAACCAGCAGCAUCAGUGUCUGCUACAAAUACAGGAUCUGACAUUUUUGCUCCCAUAUCUACUACUAAGCAAGGUAGAGGAAGAGGGCGCAAAUCUCAGACAGGAAGGGGGGGAGCGCCUGGGCGCAGGGGAAAGAAACAGGAUUUGGUUACAGAUGUUUGUUCUGAAAUAUCACGGGAGCAAAACUUAGAAUUAAAUGGACCCCCACAUAAAAAGUCUAGGGUUUCUGCUGGGAGGAAGCCCACCACGAGAAGCAAGCAUGAAAAUGAAGAUUUGCUACAGAAGAGUUUGCUCGGACCAGAUAUGUCUAAAGUCGCUGAAGAUCGUAACUGCAGUAUUGAAAUUGAGCAACAAAAGGCUGUCAAAUCAUAUCCAUCUCAAGCCAGUGUUAGCCCAACAGCUCAACAAGUUCACGUGGCAAAUGUGAAUGAUGAUAUCGGUACAAAAACAGAGUUCCACUCGGAGUUUGAGGUAUCAGAAAGAAAAACAGAUGUGAAUCUGAGAGGUGAAGAUUGUAGAAGUGAGCCUCAGAAUGAUUUCACUUCAAAGUCAGCUACGGUUGCGUCUCAAAGCUAUUCUAAUGCUUUCCAAAGUUCUGAAAAUAAGCCUGGUUCUGCGCAAAUGAAGGAAGUUACACUUGGAGAUCCACAGAAAAUUGAAAGUUCAACACCUUUUGGAGUUGCGUUAGACAGUACAAUAUCUGAUGUACUGGAGGAAGAUGUCUCAGCUAAACCUUCACACGUGGAGGCUAAACUUAGCGAGAACCAGAGCAUUGAAGACAAAGAAGAUCCUUCUCUGGAGGUGGCUUCUAUAUCAAGGACAAAGGCAAGUGACAAUACAGAUCGCAUGAAAUCCUUCAUAAAACCAUCUUCUGGGACAGUUGUUCUUGCAAAUGCAUCACCACAAACAGAUUUGGCAAUUCAAUCUUCCCCGCAAGGGGCUAGAAUUACUUCCUCUGUGGCUGCAAAUCCCUCUAUUCAGGCUUGCAAGAUGCAGAGCUUGACAGAAACUCUUAUUUCAGCUUCAGGGCAUGCACAAGUUCUGCCUGAUGAUCUCGAUCAGGAAGAGUGUAAAGGAAUACAUGGAGACAAGGUUAAUGCUACUGAAGGGACUCUAGAUAUGAGCAAACUAGAGAGUGACGUUCCUUCUACGAAUAAAUCCAUUGUUUUAAGAGCUCAAGUGAACGAACACGAGAAUUAUCCUCAUAAAGCUGACAGGAAAGAGCCGUGUCAAGAAGAUCCUUCUCUGGAGUUGGCUUCUAUUUCAAAGACAAAGGCAAUUUACAAUACAGAUUGCAUGAAAUUCUUCAUAAAACCAUCUUCUGAGACAGUUGUUCUUGCAAGUGCAUCACCACAAACAGAUUUGGCAAUUCAAUCUUCCCCGCAAGUUGAUGUUGGAGAGGCAAAGGGUGCUGUGACAAAUGAUUCAAGUGACACUGAGAAUGAUCAAACUCCAAAUGUGAAAGAAAUACAUGAAGACAAGUUUAAUUCUACUGAAGGGACUCCCAAUAUUACCAAACUAGAGAGUAAUAGCCCUUCUAUGAAUAAAUCCAUUGUUUCAAGAGCUCAAGUGAGUGAACAUGACAGUUAUCCUCAUAAAGCUGACAUGAAAGAGCACUGUCAAGAAGAUACUUCUCUGGAGGUGGCUUCUAUAUCAACGACAAAGGUGAUUGGCAAUACAGAUUGCAUGAAAUCCGUCAUAUCACCAUCUUCUGAGAGAGAUAUUCUUGUAAGUGUAUCACCACUAACAGAUUUGGCAAUUCAAUAUUCCGGGCAGUGUGAUGUAGGAGAGGCAGUGGGUGCUGUGACAAAUGAUUCAAGUGAGAUUGAGAAGAAUCAAACUCAAUAUGUGAAAGAAAUACACGAAGACAAGGUUAAUGCUACUGAAGGGACUCUUGAUAUUAGCAAUCUAGAGAGUGAUUGUCUGUCUACAAAUAAAUCCAUUGUUUCAAGAGUUCAAGUGAGCGAAAACGAGAAUUUUCCUCAUAAUUCUGACAGGAAAGAGUCGUGUCAAGAAGAUCCUUCUCUGGAGGUGGCUUCUAUUUCAAAGACAAAGGAAUUUGAUGCACGAGAGGAAUUGGGUGGUGCUGUGACAAAUGAAUCAAGUGACAAUGACAAGGAUCAAACUCCAAAUGUGAAAGAAAUACCCGGAGACAAGGUUAUUGCUACUGAAGGGAUUCUUGAUAUUAGCAAACAUGAGAGUGAUGGUCCUACGAAUAAAUCCAUUGUUUCAAUCUAGUGAGGAUUUCAAUAGGACAGUACGUGUCGUUUUGCUUGUUUAAAAUUAUAGUUGUAAUUAUAUUAAUAAAAUGUACAAAAUUGUUACUGCAGUACUGCUGCAACUGCUAGUCUGUGAUAAGGUUAAUCAUCCGUCAACAUUGAAAUACUAUUUGUCUAUUUGUAACGUAUUUGUAUACAUCCACACACAUGUAUACAGUAGACAAAGGAUUUUCGUACCAAUGGGAAUAUCGAGUCCAACUUGGUUUUCAGCUAAAAAUUGAAUUAAUAAUCCAACAUUUUAAUUCAU